AUGGUCACAGAAAAUGGAAGCUCGAGAUACCCGCCACUCUUGGGUGAAUCUGAUUUACGCGGUCGCCGAAAGAUCGCUCACCCGCCUCAAUUGGACCCUCUGAGAAUCGAUCCCUGCCCUCCACGAACCGCAGAGUCGACGCCGAUCUCUUCACCGCGUACCCCAAAUUCAUAUUAUCGCGCGCGUUCACGGUCUCCCGUCCCCCCUGUAGCCCACAGUGUCCCAGACGACCGACCAUGGCUUCCAAUGUCUCUUCGGGCAGGAUCCCCGCAGGACAACGGAGAAGAUUGGAGAGCAAAGCGAUCUGUUGGACAUCAUCCUUUCCCUCCUUCACCUGAACGUCAACCUCCAAGAUACUACCCACGCGAUAACGAACCGGACCGACCACCCCAUCGCAAGGCGCCGCCAGCCAGGGUUGGUCUCCGCAUAUCCAUGUCCACGUCAAGAUUGAAUGGCAGACGGCCCAAAACGCAAGAAUCCCCAGACCGCCGCCCAGAGCGUACAGCACACGGCUUGCCAUUGCCGCGUUUUCCAACUAACGGACCCGCGGACGAUAACACUCUUCGAACGAGUAUGAACUCUGCCAUGACCUCUCGAUCCAGCAUUGAGCAAAAUAGUGGCACAGAACGAAGCAGCGUCCUUACCAAGAGUAGCUCCGUUACCGAUCUUUCCCCAGACACGCCAGACGCCCCUUGUAGCAUCGACGGGGGCAUGAGUGUUGAAGACGCGAUUUCGAUGUAUCUUGACGGCUUCAGCGAUGUCACUGAGGAACCUGGCUCCCCUAGAUCUCGAGCAGACAGCAAAGCACCCUCAAUCACCCCUCCUCCCUCACGAGAUAUGCAUCUUGAAGGAAUACCACCCCCGAAGCCGAUGGUGGAAGAUAUUCCCCCCAUCCCUUCCCUCCCAUCACGAAUCUGGUCAGAAACGAUCGGUGUCGAUUCUGCAGUCGAUGAACCUCCCGCCGCAGAACCUAUUCCCAUUCCACCCGCUCUACCCGAAUCUCCAUCUUCAUCUUCACUUCCUGGUCUCUCGCCCCCUUCUCCUCAGCCCGAACCACUACUACUCCAAAAUUUACAGCCUGAACCAACCCAAGUAGUUCAAACAUCAAACCUUCAAUCCGUUCAUCAGCGGCAACAAUCCAAAAUUUUCAUUCCAGGUCCUGUUCCUCCGCCCCUCAAUGCUGGCAGUGACACCAGGGACGACUAUGGGUUUCGUAAAGCAACCCAGUACGUUACCAAGGAGCAAUAUGAGGCUUGGAAAGGUCCAUAUUCAAAUUACACAGCUCAUCGAAGAAUCAAGUGGCAUACCCUGCUUGAGGAACAUGGGCUUCCAACCACCAACCCUUCAACAUUUCCUGCACAGACUUCCAAGGUCAAGCGCUUCGUCCGAAAAGGAAUACCCCCCGAGUAUCGAGGGGCAGCAUGGUUCUGGUAUGCCGGCGGGUACGAGCACCUGAACCGCAACGUUGGCCUCUAUGAUGAACUGGUUGCGAAAGUCAUGGCUUCACCAAGCAAUGAUGACAAAGAACACAUUGAACGUGAUCUUCAUCGGACAUUCCCUGACAAUCUUCACUUUAAACCUGAGUCUGUCGAUGCUGCUGAGAAGUCUGGAAACAUUAACACUCAAGCGGCUGGAGUGACAGAGACCCAAAUGAUCCAGUCUCUGCGCCGAGUCCUUUACGCCUUUGCCCUCCAUAAUCCCAAAGUCGGGUACACUCAGUCGCUUAACUUCAUCACUGGAAUGUUUCUUCUUUUCCUUCCUGAAGAGAAAGCGUUCUGGAUGUUGCACAUUGUGACUUCAACGUAUCUACCUGGUACCCACGAAAUCAGCUUGGAAGGCGCCAACAUAGAUCUCUGGAUCCUCAUGGUACUACUUAGGGAUACGAUGCCCGCAGUCUACACCAAAAUAGCCAGUAUGGAAGGAACACCUUCUGGCCGUGGGAAACUUCCUGCUCUCACGGUCAAUUCCCGGCUACCAGAUAUCACUUUGGGUCUAACAAAUUGGCUCAUGUCUGUCUUUAUUGGAACACUUCCCCUGGAAACCACUCUGCGAGUCUGGGACAUUUUCUUCUAUGAAGGCUCCAAAACAUUCUUUCGUGUGUCACUCGCUAUCUUCAAAACAUGCGAACGGGAUAUCUUGGGAGUUUCCGAUCCAAUGGAAGUCUUCCAGGUGGUGCAAACCGUUCCCAAGAAAAUCCUCGAUGUCAAUCACUUGCUGGAAGAUUGCUUUCUGCGAAAGCACCGAGUGGGGCAGGGCCGAAUCGAGGAACUCAGAGCUGCAAGACGCACUGCCGUUCGCCAAGAGAAGCUGCGACGGUCAGUUGCUUUUAGCAAAGGCGAGCUCAAGCCGGCGACCGAUGAUUUUCCUGUUCGUCGGCGGAACGCCAACCCUAUCCUUGAGAACCGAGUCGUCGGUUCCUGGCGCCAUCUCAAACAACAUGCAUUUCGAUAA